AUGUCGUCCAGCCCGAAUCGCGGUUCGAAAUCGGCGGCCAACAGCAACAACAACAACAGUCGGCCAACCAGCAAAGAUGGCUCCAAAAAGAACAUUUGGUCUUCUCUGCUGGAUGGCGUCGCUAACGGAAAGCGCUUGCCGGAGAAAAACCUUUUGAUUCUCGGAGGAACACCGGACAGCCAGAGAGAGUUUCUAGAGACUCUUUCAGCAGAUACAUCGGCCGACCCCAGCUUGGUGAAUGAUAAGCGCAGAGGCAAGACGCCGCCGAUUGCCAACCAGUUUGCGCUGGGAUACACAUAUCGAGAUGUUCUCGACGCCGAUAGAGAAGACACUCUGGCGCGUGUCUCGGCGUACCUCCUAUCCGAACCUUCUCUGUCAUUCGCACCUCUCCUCAAACCGCUCUUGACUCCCCAAUCCGUGCCAGAAACGCUGGUGGUAAUUCUUAUGGACUGGUCAGACCCGUGGACAUGGAUCCGACGACUACGGGAGUGGGUCCGUCUGCUUCGUUCGGUGCUGGUUUCUGUGGACGACGAGACCAAAAUUGCCAUGGAGGAGACGAUGACGGAGUGGCGUGAUCGUAAGAGAGGUAUGGACGCCAGUGCUGCUGCGGCAGCAAGUUCGGGAGGUCCUGUCACGAUACCCUUGGGACCGGGCGAAUGGGACGAAGGGCUUGGACUUCCCAUGUGUGUUGUCUGUCAAGGAGCCGACAAAAUCGAGAAGUUGGAGAAAGACCACGGGUGGCAUGAAGAGGAGUUUGACUUCAUUCUCCAGUUCCUGCGAACAAUCUUAUUGAAGCACGGCGCAUCUCUCAUUUAUACGACACCUUUCCUUGCAAACUCACUCCAGAGUCUGAUCCAUUCGUCGCUGGGUAUACAUUCUCUUUUGAAGAGACAGUCAUUAAAACACAAUGUCAUCGACCGUGACAAGAUUCUCGUCCCUGCCAACUGGGACUCAUGGGGCAAGAUCCGGAUUAUUCGGGAAGGAUUCGACAUGGAAGGCGUGUCGACGGCAUGGUCGAUUGAAAUCCAAGAUGCCCCCGAGCCACUCGAUUUCGCGCAGCCUGUCGAGAACACCGCGCAAGGCGAGAAUACCGCAGCUGAGGAGGACGGCAGCAGCGCCGUGACGGUGUUCGAGCAGACGAUCCAAGAUCCCCGCCGGGACAGGACGGUCGCCCACCCCAGCGGCAACGCCAAUGGCGACUCCGUGGAAAUCGAGACGUCCGACAUGCAGAAUUUUCUCUCCAAGCAACUCGAGAAGCUUGAGCAGCUCAAGGCCGAGGAUGAAAAGGACCGCGCGAAUCAGCAAACUCCGCAGCUGGAAAUGUCGCCGAUGGACGACCAGGGCCGGGUCAACGAGCACAUCGGGCCCGUGCAGUUCAACAUGGGAGGCAUCCAGGUGGACGCGGAUGAUAUGCUGAAGAAGCUGAGGGACCGCGAAGCUAGUCGAUCUCAACGGAAGGAAGGGGCCCCGACCAGUCCAGGCGACGAGAAAGCGCACAACCAGGCGCUGGCCAACUUCUUCGCCGGUCUGGUCAAGAAACCUGGCAGCAGUCCUCGCGGCAGUCCGUCCACGUGA